AUGGACGACCACAAGGUCAAGCGCUACAUCAGCACGGCUGGUCUCCAGAAUGGUCAGUUUAUCGGACCGGACAAGGUGGAAGUCUCAAUCAAAAACGGCGCACCGUUCCUUUCCGCACUGGUUCCGCAGACCAUGUUCAACUACAGCGCCUACUGCCCGGAAGAUUUCUACGGCAAGAUGCAGAAGGACUACGUGCUUUACUCGAUCGAGAACCCUGACGCCCAGUACACAUACUCGCAGUUCAACGUCAACCGCUGGCCUCAGUUUGGCAGCUUCUCCACUGCCAACUUCUUCCUCCCUGUUUACAACAACGUGAACCACUGCCUGCCGGGGGACAACCAAUGCAUUUCUGACCAGAAGCGUCGCAAGGCCAAUUUCCUAAAGCUGGAGGAGGCUCACUUCUUUGCUUCGCCCGCUGAUAACCGUAUCAUGCCUUGGCAGAGCUCCAUCUUCGGCCGACACUAG